AGCCGGGUUCCUGCUUACUGCUUGCGAGAUGGCAUCUUCAAAUGUUUCUAGUAAAACUAUCCUAUUCAAAAGGGAAAAAGAGUUUUGGUAUCGUAUUCCUUCCCUCCUCCACGUUCCAAACACAGAUACCCUUUUGGCGUUUGCUGAGAAGAGACUGGGACCCAAAGACGAAAAUGCUGAUGUGUUAAUGCUACGGAAGGGCACCUAUAAGAAGCCUUUGAAGAAUUUUGAGUGGGAAAAUGUUACAAGCGUUCAGGCUGCAAGACUGAAGGACCACAGAUCCAUGAAUCCUUGCCCUGUUUACGACAAAGAUACAAACACUAUCUUCCUCCUCUUCAUUGCUGUCUUUGGAAAUACACCCGAGCAUCAACAAAUCAGAACAGGUAAAAACGUCACCCGUCUCUGCCACGUCAGCAGUGAGGAUCAAGGGCAGACGUGGAGCAAUGUUACUGACCUGACAGCUUGUACCAUUGGUCAGUGUAUUAAGGAGUGGGCAACGUUUGCUGUAGGUCCAGGCCAUGGGACGCAGCUCAGGUCUGGGCGGCUCAUUAUCCCUGCCUAUGCCUAUCAGAAACAGAGCGGGAGUGGGACCAAGGCACGUGCCUUUACUUUCUUUAGCGAUGAUCAUGGAAAGACCUGGAGUUUUGGGCAGUUUGUUUCCAAAGAGGAAUGUGGGGAGUGUCAGAUGGUACAGGUAAGCAGAGCUGAUGAAAAUUGUAUCCUGUAUUGCAAUGCUCGGAGCAAUAAACAUGGCAAGAAGCAGUGCCGAGUGCAGACUUUCAGCACAGACGGUGGCCUUACCUUUAUGGAUGCGCACCUGGUAGAAAAACUAGUUGAGCCACCCAAUGGCUGCCAUGGCAGCAUCAUCUCUUUUCCAGCCAAAAAAUUGUCCCAUUUGAACAUCUAUUCUGAUAUAAAGCAGCAUCACUGUCAGCAAGAGAAGAAUGUCUUAAAAUCAGGGGAAGAUAUUGAGGUUAUACUGUUCUCUCACACUACAAACUCCAAGUCACGCAAAGAUUUAGGAAUUUAUCUUAACACUUGUCCAGACAGUACUCAUACCUGGACAGAACCUUGGGUUAUUAAUUCUGGGCCAAGUGCCUACUCAGAACUGGCUUUGGUGGAACUCCCUACGGAAGAAGUUCCAUUAGUUGCCUGUUUAUAUGAAUGUGGCUCCAGUAGGGAAUGUGAACAAAUCUCCUUCAGUGUCUUCCAACUUGAUGAGGUCCUUCAGAAUCUUCUGAGGAGGAAGCCUUAAUUCAAACUGAAGAAGAAAAUGUGUGAUUGAGGUAUUGUGAAAUAAAGCAAACAGUGCAAAUAUUUUACAAUGCUGAUUAUACCUUAAUAAUAAUCCUUGCAUUUGAUAUACCGGCUUAUCAUGUCUUUGGGAUGUCUCAAAGCACUUCACAGGAUAUACUGUAAAGUGAAUUGACCAUAUUGACAUUAAAUUGCAUAGAGGGGAAGCAGGAAAGGAAGAAAAAUAUUCUUCCGCAGGUCGUAUGGAUCUGGUAGGAUCUAAUUCUAAAGGAAUGUUGAUUGUAGAAACCAUUGUAAUACCUGUGUGUAAUAAAUUAUUAUUUAUGAGUAAUCCACAGCAUAUAAUUUUCUGGAAUUGUUCAGUGAUGUCAAACACCAUUCUGCUGCAUAUGUUCUAAAAUGGUCAAUGGAAAUAUUUUGAAAGAAAUGGCAAAAGCAAUUCAAUAAAGAUAAAAUACAGUAAA